GAUUGAGGUGGGUAAAAACCCUGGGUGUCCUUUGGUGCCCUGUGCUUACUUCACUGGGUGGAGUUGGCCCUCAGGAGCACUGUUAGGCAGGUGGUCCUGGUCAAGUGGGUUUGGUCAGUGCAAAUUUGGUGGCCACUGAUUGUCUAGCUGAUCUACUCUCCCCACUUCUUGUUGGCGAGUGUUCACUUCAGUGGGUGUGGUAGGGUGCAAAGCUGGGCUCUCAGAAUAUAGGGAUGGCCACCCAGUGCCCAGGGUAGCACACUGAGUCACGACUAGACCAAGGGAGGGGCCCUAGCAGGUGGGUGACUCCUGGUGCAGCAGCAGCUGCAGCUCAGGGCUGAGGGCUGCUGGGGAGGUGCUCUGAGGCUGCAACAGGAAGUGAGGUGGGGAGCUCUACCAGGCCCACAAAGACCUUCCUGGCUGCCCCAGACAGGGCCGUGGAGGAGCCGCGUGGUGGCCUUGGCCCCUGCCUCACAGGAUGGGGCAACCAGUGCCCUUGGCCCUGCCCACCCUCUGGGUCCUAGGGUGCUUCUCCCUGCUCCUCUGGCUGUGGGUGCUGUGCACAGCCUGCCACAGGACACGGGUGCCGAGGCAUCGGGCCAGGCUGCAGGGCAGCAUGAUGCCAGUGCAAGUGCAGGUCCGGCACCAGGCUGCAGGAGCUGUACCGCGGCCCACACAGCAGCAUCCCCCACGGCCUGCCAGCAUGGAUCUCCUGCGCCCACACUGGCUGGAAGUGCCCAGGAGCAGCACCAGGCCACAGGCAGCCCCCUCCAUCUUCCCACCACAGCAGUUGCCUAAGGCCUCUCCUGUCUCCCCUUCACCCUUCAUUGGCCCUGAGGACACUUAUUCCAACAUAGGGCUGGCUGCAAUCCCCAGAGCCAGUUUGGCUUCGAGCCCUGUGGUGUGGGCAGGGACACGGCUGACCAUCGGCUGUGCCAGGCCUGGGCUUGGGGCCAGACCUCUGGUGGCUGAAUAUUCCUGCAUCCAGAAGCUCAAGGGGACAGGUCAGGGUCCCCAAGAACUGCAGCAGGGGACUGCUGAGAGGAUCCCAACUGCUCAGGUGGACAUCCUGUACUCCAGGGUCUGCAAGUCCGAAAGCAGGGACCCAGGACUCAUCAAAAACCAGCCAGACUUCAAGGGUGGGGGAUCGAUUCUGGCCCCAAGGAAUGACAUGACCUGUGAGACCCUCCCCCUCAGGGACCUGAGCAUGGACAGCAGGCCCCUGGAAAAUGUGUAUGAGAGCAUCCAGGAGAUGGGGCCCUGAGCAGGAGUCACCCCUCCUGUCUACCUGGUAACACAGUGGAUAUGUGCAGGUGCCAGGCCCCCGUUUCUGCCUCUGGAGGGUUUGGAGACCCCUGAACACCCAGUAUUUACUAUGUUCCUUUCUCCAGAGUGAGCUCUGCCCCUGCAGCUGACAGCACAAAUCCCAGAUCCCAAGGCUUCUAGCCUGUGAGGUUCUAUUCCACCGUCCACAUGUCCUCUCCCUGCUCCAGAGAAGGCCUACAUCCUAAUAAAGUUCCAUCAAACAAGGAUGGACAUGCAUGCUU